AUGUCAUCAGCUUCGCUCCCUCCCUUGUUAUCGGAGCCUUCUGAUGAGCUCCUGGGACCUGCUUCGUCUGCCGUUCCCGCGAAGCGAGCACUGGAUCGCUUUCCCUCUGAUGGGGCUGGCAAGCGCGCCAAAGGCCGUACAAACAAAAGCACCUGGAACGAGGCGCGUGAGCCUUAUGAAAAGAGAGGAGAGAAAGCUCGCGAUACCUCAUACCACGAAAUUUGGUACUGCAAGCACUGCGACUCCACAAAAAAGCCUAAUUCGGUAACGACGAACCUGAGCCGAGCCCGCAAGCACCUGCGGGAUUUUCAUGGCAUCCGGGUUAUAGAGCAUGUGGAAAGGUCGGAUCUGAAGAAGCAGCAACAUGGCACAAUUACGGAUUUGUUUGGAAGGCAGGAGGAACGUCAAGCCAAUCGAGACCUUAAUGAGGAAAAAUAUUUGGCAAACGCUAUUAAUAUUCCU